AUGACCGCUGCACACAUGAUGGGGACUACCAAUAUUCUUGCCUUGGCCGCCGUGACGAGCGUUGCCGUUCUAAUCCAUUUACUUUUCCUCCACAUCUACCUCAAACUAUUUUGUGAUGACAAACCCUACGCCUGUUUCAGAAUAGUGGGCGGUGACGAAAAAGGCUGGUUCAAUGGAGAUAUCUUGGAAAGGUGGCAGAGGGAUGCCGGAGGUCUUAUCAAGCAGGGUUUCUUGGAAACGCAAGGGGGCCCUUUUCAACUCAUGUCUAGCCAAGGGCCUCUCGUGAUUCUUCCUCCGAGUCUGGUCAACCAUGUCCUUAUGGACUCGCGUCUUUCAUUUGCUGGAGGGCUAGAGCGCUUGGGACUCAAGGCUUUACCCGGGAUUGGAAGAGCUCAUACCGAAUGCCAACGAGAGAUUGUGUUUGGGACCGUGCUUAAGCCCAUGACGAGAGCAUCGACGGCGUUGACAGAAACCUUAUCGGCCGAGGCCGAGAAAGCCAUUAGCGAGCUAUUCCCUGUUGAUGAGAGCAAAUGGCAGUCAACUGAUUUUGCGACGCCAGCGCGACUUGUCGUCACACGUGUCUCGGCCGUUCUGUUCGUGGGACCAAACCUUGCUCACAAUGUGGAAUGGCAAGAAAUAGCUCAAAGCUUCGCAUCGAUCGCCACAGAAGCCGAGCUCGCGCGUCGAAGAUGGCCUGUCUUCAUGCGCCGAUUUCUUGAUGGGUUCCUGCAGGAGCCAAGAAAAUUGAAGGACCUUGUGGACAGAGCACGUCGGCUUAUUGACCACGAACUGGCUACCAGGAACAGGUCAAUGACCAGUAUUGGAGCACCAAAUUAUUACGACCGGGAUUGUCUGGACUGGUUUGAGCAGCUUAGAGGGGACGGCGAAUUCGACGUCGUCUUUGGGCAGCUUUUUCUGGUUGCAGCUGGUACACACAACGUGUCGCUAACCAUGACAAGUCUGAUGUACGACUUGUUGCUACAUCCAGAACUCAUACACGAUUUACGCGCAGAAGCGGUUAAGGUUAUCACUGAGAGUGGCUGGACCAAGUCAAGCCUCGACAAGUUGAGGUUGCUCGAUAGCUGCAUGAGGGAGACGCAGCGGUACCGCAUUACGGAUCCAGUCCUUUAUCGUAGGGCGGAAGAGCCGGUAACCUUACCUGAUGGAACUUUUCUUGCCAAAGGUACACACACGGCCUUUCCAUCGCCUCGGGCCCUAGGAGCCCCAGGCGACAAAUUCCACUGCGGACGCGUCAUGGCUGUGCGUACACCUGAAAUGGAGACUCGAAGCCAAUUUUCAUCAACCGGUCUCGACUACCUGAGCAUGGGACAUGGGAGAACAGCAUGCCCUGGCCGCUUUUUUGCAAGCGUUGAGAUCAAAAUUUGCUUUGUCCACCUGCUGUUAAAGUAUGACUGGAAAGCUGUUGGGCAAAUCCCACUGGGCGCUGAGGUAAGAGAGAAGGCCUAG